AUGGAAUCCUUUGCAGAGGCCAGGGGUCUUGAAAUUCGAUCCCCUGAGCGCAUCGGAGAUGCGGCGAUCACGUCUGGAUCGGAGCAGCUUGAGCUCGCAAGAACACGUCCAAGCCCUUCAGCUCCCCUGAGCGCUUUGUGGAAGGAAACCGCUCUACUGGAGGAUUUUCCUGAGGGUGAACUAGAUGAAUCACGCCAACCUCUUGAUCGCUCGAUGACCAACAGCUGGUCCAGACGCAUUGAGAGCGUUGGAACCGUCGAAUUGCUACAGACACUGGCCGCAAAUACUGCAGCGCCAUUCAUUCUAUGUAGCAGACUGGCUGGCGUGAUUGGGCCAAAGGGUGACGGGCCAUAUGGCCACAUUGUCAACGUCAGUGCUUUGGAAGGAAAGUUUUCGGUGAAAAACAAGAGCUCGGGCCACCCGCACACGAACAUGGCAAAAGCCGCCUUGAACAUGAUGACCCACACUGCAUGCAAGGACAUGUUUCGUCGACGCAUCUUGAUGAACUGUGUGGACACAGGAUGGGUCACAGAUAUGGCUCCUGAUGGUGUGGGCACCGUGGCUGCCACACAUGAAACUUGGAUUGGGCCCCCUUUGGAUGAAGAGGAUGGAGCAGCUCGGGUGCUGGAUCCUCUUUUUAGCCAUCUAAAGGAUCCCACGUGGCUUUUGCGCGGCAAGUUCUUCAAGAACUACUACGUGUGCGGCUGGUGACACGUUCACACCAGCCGGAUGGCAGUGGCAAUCCUGCCAGGAUGCAGCAAUCAUUUGCGCAAUCGUUUGCCUAAGAUCCUUUAGCAUACUGUCUAGCAGAUUGUCUAAGUAUGAUUAGGUCAUCGAGCAGUUUACCAAGCUUUUGCUUGAAAUUGCAGUAAGCCUUGGAAUCUGCAUUGCGCUCUAGCACAAAA